CUCGAGUGCGGUCGGGGAAGGGCGAAUUUUACUUGGUGGUCAAGUCAGGAGCGGACAGGGUGUCCAUAUCUUCGGCGCGAUUGCGGAUUGAUGACAUCUGGAGACGGUCCUGAAGGCCAGGUUGCGGGAAGGGGGAGUAGCGGACACGGGCGUGAGGCAAAAGUGUGCCUAAUACGAGAUCGAGGCUUUUAGGGUUUGACUCAGGCACGAGCGCGUUGCUUGCUUUUCGUCCUUUGCUGGAGAAAGCUGAACUCUUUCUUCUGCUCGCUCCAGCGGACGGAGAAUCGAGAGGGGCCGGUUCCGAAACCCUCGAUUCGAUCGGAGUUUCGGUCUAUCUCUCUAUCGACAGGAAGGAAGGAAGGGACAUUGGCUGAUCGGGCUCGUGUGGGUCUCGAAAAUGUCGGAUCGCCUGACGCGAAUUGCUAUUGUCAGCUCCGAUCGCUGCAAGCCUAAGAAAUGCCGGCAAGAAUGUAAAAAGAGUUGCCCUGUCGUCAAAACAGGAAAGCUUUGCAUUGAAGUUUCGUCGGGCUCGAAGAUCGCCUUCAUUUCAGAGGAGCUGUGUAUUGGUUGUGGUAUCUGCGUGAAGAAAUGUCCGUUUGAGGCAAUCCAGAUCAUUAACUUGCCAAAGGAUUUGGAUAAGGACACGACCCAUCGAUAUGGUCCGAACACAUUCAAGCUACACAGGUUGCCUGUUCCGAGACCAGGACAGGUGCUUGGUUUAGUCGGUACAAACGGAAUCGGCAAAUCAACAGCUCUGAAAGUUUUGGCCGGAAAGCUGAAACCGAAUCUUGGCAGAUUCGAGAACCCCCCUGACUGGCAAGAAAUUUUAACCUACUUCAGAGGAUCAGAGCUGCAAAAUUACUUCACGCGUAUUCUGGAGGACAACUUGAAGGCUAUCAUCAAGCCCCAGUAUGUCGAUCACAUUCCCAAAGCUGUGAGGGGCAAUGUGGGUGAGGUUCUCGCUCAGAAAGACGAAAGAGAGAUGAGACUUGAGCUCUGUAGAGAUCUCGAUCUAAAUCAGGUUUUGGACAGAGAUGUGGGUGAUUUAUCCGGAGGGGAGCUUCAACGUUUCGCCAUUGCAGUGGUUGCUGUGCAACAUGCCGAGAUUUAUAUGUUCGACGAACCUUCAAGUUACCUUGAUGUUAAGCAAAGGUUAAAGGCAGCCCAAGUCGUGCGGUCUCUUUUAAGACCCAACAGGUCCGGCGAUCUGUGCAGUUACGUUAUUGUUGUGGAGCACGAUCUUAGUGUGCUGGACUAUUUGUCCGAUUUUAUUUGCUGCCUUUAUGGCAAGCCAGGAGCAUAUGGAGUGGUCACCCUUCCUUUCUCUGUCCGAGAAGGGAUCAACAUUUUCUUGGCUGGUUUUGUCCCAACGGAGAACCUGAGGUUCCGAGAUGAAUCUCUCACGUUUAAGGUUGCCGAGACACCACAAGAGAGUGCAGAGGAGAUCCGGACUUACGCACGGUACAAGUAUCCUAACAUGAGCAAGACCCAGGGUGGUUUCAAAUUGACUGUGAAAGAGGGAGAUUUCACAGAUUCUCAGAUUAUUGUUAUGCUUGGGGAGAAUGGUACAGGCAAGACUACAUUCAUCCGUAUGCUGGCUGGUCUUUUGAAACCCGACGAGGCUUUGGAAUCUGAGACAGAGGUCCCAGAAUUCAACGUUUCUUACAAGCCCCAGAAAAUUAGUCCCAAAUUCCAGAACAAUGUGCGACAUCUGUUGCAUCAGAGAAUCAGAGAUUCUUACAUGCAUCCCCAAUUCAACACUGAUGUCAUGAAGCCCUUACAAAUUGAGUCGCUCAUGGAUCAAGAGGUGGUGAACUUGUCUGGUGGUGAACUUCAAAGAGUAGCCUUGUGUUUGUGCCUCGGCAAGCCUGCAGAUAUUUACCUGAUUGAUGAGCCAAGUGCAUAUCUGGAUUCGGAGCAACGUAUCGUAGCUGCGAAGGUUAUUAAACGGUUUAUUCUUCACGCGAAGAAGACUGCAUUUGUUGUGGAGCAUGACUUUAUUAUGGCCACUUACCUGGCAGAUCGUGUCAUUGUGUAUGAGGGCAGACCUUCGGUAGACUGUUGUGCAAACACGCCACAAAGUCUUCUAACUGGAAUGAACCUCUUCCUCUCGCACUUGGAUAUCACUUUCCGGCGAGAUCCUACCAACUUUAGGCCCCGUAUUAACAAGCUGGAGUCCACGAAGGAUAGAGAGCAGAAGAACGCGGGAUCAUACUACUACCUGGACGAUUAAUGAGUUUUUUGAAAGUUCCCAUUUUUCGGGAGUGCGGAUCUAGUUAGAACACCAAAUUGAUUGUUUCUGGAGAGAUUUGUACCUUGGUACAAAGCAGCAUAGCUUCGCUUGGUCUGAAAAAUUUCGAGGCCAAGUUAGAUAUUAGCUCAUUCUCUGCAUGCUACUGCGUGCUGUCGUAUAGCAGUAGAAAUGCUGCUAAACCUGAGGUCGGGUGAGCUUUGUUGUCAGGAUGGUAGUGGUUACCCCUAUGUAGUUAUUGACCAAUUCUAGUUUUGUUCCUGCAAUGCUAGCGGAGAUCAGUUUUGGAGUUUAUUCUCAUCAGCUACUGCACUUGCCUAAUAGCUAUAAUCCAAAGCGCAAUGGACAUGCGAUGAAUGUCGGAGACUCAGGGUCCAUAUGAGUGGUUGUGACACAGCAGAAAUAUGAGUAGGGCAAGGAUAUCGGCGAUCGGGUUCGAGGAUUCUUCCUGCUUCAUAACAAUUCCAACUGUAUAGUAGUGAGGUGACAUUGUGGUGUGGCUCGUAAACAACAGGCGCGCUGGAAUCACUGCAAUCGAGAAAGAGCAUUCUUUACAAGGUCAAGGCCAGAUUGGUGGGUAUGAACUCCGAGGUUUGCUCCUACAUAACCUCUGCGGCAAGACGUCAACCGCAUGUUUGAUUUGUUAACAUACCUGUUAUGUGAACCUACAGGCCAUGAAAGGUACAGCCUACCGCGUUCUUCAUUGUAUCAUGAAAGAGUUUUAGUCAUUAUACUGACGUUUGUAUUCGGGAAAAGCAUUAGAGUCUCGCAUAGUCAGACGCUUUUCUUAGUACAUUUUAAUCUAGAGCUUGUUAUGCCUGGCAUGACAUGAGAUUUGUGGAACUUGUGUCCAGUGACUUACUGCCGCCUAGUGUGAAUUGAUGCC